AUGGGAAGGACACCGUGUUGCGAGGGAUCAGGGUUGAAGAAGGGGCCAUGGACGCCGGAGGAGGAUAUCCUUCUGGUCAGCUACGUGAAGAAGCAGGGGCCUGGCAACUGGAAGGCCGUUCCGGCUGAAACAGGUGACGGAUCUCGGCGACAAAGUAGAGAGAGAGAGAGAGAGAGCUGACUAAAGAAACAUUGACUCACAUCCUUCCUUCCUUCUUCCUCAACCAGGUCUGCUCAGGUGCAGCAAGAGCUGCCGGCUGAGAUGGACGAACUACCUCAGGCCGGGAAUCAAGAGGGGCAACUUCUCCAGCGAGGAGGAGAAGCUCAUCGUCCACCUCCAGGCGCUCCUCGGAAACAGGUGGGCGGCGAUUGCGUCGUACCUGCCGGAGAGGACGGACAACGACAUUAAGAACCACUGGAAUACACACCUCAAGAAGAAGCUCAGGAGGACGAAGACCGACGGCGGCUGCGGUAGCUCCGCCGGCAGAGGGCGGUGGGAGAGGAAGCUCCAGGAAGAUAUCCACGUAGCGGAGAGGGCCUUACGCGAGGCCCUGUCUCCGGAGAGCUCCGCCGCCGCCGUCUCCGAGGGCUGUAACUCGGUCGUGACUCUUAGCCGGGGUCAACGGGAGGCUUUAUCGUCAACGACGGCCUAUGCCUACAGCUCCGCCGAGAAUAUCUCACGGUUACUGAAAGGGUGGCCGGAGAGCACGGCGAACUCCGAGUUGACUCACCUCACGGCCCCCUGCGGCGGUGGUGGCGGUGGCGAUGACUCGGUCUCCGGGCCCACGAACGGUGUCGUUGUGACGCCGGGGUGCCUCGAUCAUCGGCCAUUUUCUGCGCCGCCGGAGGCCUCGGAGAUGAGCUUCUUCCCACAGGUCGACGAGCUGUGGUCCUCACUGCUCGACACGUGGUUUCUUGACGACUCUCUCGAUCAACCACUAGCGCCCCUCAUGGCGAUGUCUGUGGACGACAAUACCUAUUUCAUCUGA